CAUUCCUCCUCUGCAUGCACGGACACCACAAUAACAUAUCAGCUUAAUAUAUAUCUAUGUGGGUGUCUCAACAGCUCUCAUUAUAUAUAUAACUUGAUCAGUUCGAUAUCCUCUUCUUCCUCGUCCAGUUAAAAUCCAAGUCGAUGGCUAGUUCUAUGGCUCUUGCGUGUUACAUUGUUGUUUUGAUAUCGAUGUUGGGUUUGAGAGGUGCAGAGGCACAACGUGCCUUCUUUGUGUUUGGGGACUCGCUUGUAGAUAACGGCAACAACAAUUAUUUGGCAACUACGGCUCGAGCUGAUUCUCCUCCUUAUGGCAUUGACUACCCAACCGGAAGAGCCACUGGCCGUUUCUCUAAUGGCUUGAACAUUCCUGACUUCAUUAGUCAAGCUAUUGGGGCGAGCGAAUCCACAUUGCCAUAUUUAGAUCCUGAGCUCAACGGGGAAAGAUUGCUUGUCGGUGCCAACUUUGCUUCUGCUGGAAUUGGAAUUCUCAAUGACACUGGAAUCCAAUUUGUAAACAUAAUCAGAAUAUACAGACAGUUACAGUACUGGGAAGAAUACCAGCAAAGAGUGAGUGCUAUUAUAGGACCUGAAGAGACUCAAAGCUUAGUAGAAGGAGCAUUAGUCCUCAUCACUCUUGGAGGAAACGACUUCGUCAAUAACUAUUACUUGGUGCCUUACUCUGCAAGAUCACGCCAAUACAAUUUACCAGACUAUGUCAAGUAUCUUAUCUCUGAGUAUAAGAAAGUCCUCUGGAGGCUAUACGAGAUUGGAGCACGUAGGGUGUUGGUGACGGGAACUGGUCCUUUGGGCUGUGUGCCGGCGGAAUUGGCCCAGAGAAGCGCAAACGGGGAAUGCUCGGCCGAACUACAGCGUGCGGCGGCGUUAUUUAACCCUCAACUUGUUCAGAUAAUCAGAGAACUCAAUAGCGAGAUUGGUUCUGAUGUCUUCGUUGCGGUCAACACGCAACAGAUGCACAUUGACUUCAUCAGUAACCCUCAACGAUAUGGAUUUGUUACAUCAAAAGUAGCAUGUUGUGGUCAAGGAAGGUACAAUGGCAUUGGACUGUGUACUGUGGCAUCGAACUUGUGCCCUGAUCGUCGCGUUUAUGCGUUUUGGGAUCCUUUCCAUCCCUCAGAAAGGGCUAAUGGGUUGAUCGUUCAACAGAUACUGUCAGGCACAUCAGAUUAUAUGUAUCCAAUGAAUCUCAGCACCAUUUUGGCUAUGGAUUCCAAGAAGAACUAGAUCGUCCAUCAUCAAGGAGUUAAAGGAAUCUGGUUCAUCUUUUGUGUCUACCUCUUAUAGUUUGUGAUAAAUAUGUAUUGAAAUUUGGUGCAUCUACAAUUAAGUUAUAGUGUGUCAGUGAAUAGUAUUUCAUAAUGUUGUGUCCUUCUUCUCUUGGGAAGUAGAAAAGAAACAGUGCACAAUAAUCGAGUGAUUUUUAAU